ACCGAUGCCGUGGGUAGUAGUUGUUUUGUACGUGAUUGUGAUGUUGCAAAAAUCUAUCUGGUUGCUUCUAAUCGUUAUAUACUUGGCAAAUGCCGAAAACGAAUAUCCAUGCGUAGAAUUCCCAGUCGAAAGUCAAUGUUUGCUAGAUCAAAUCGUAUAUCACCCGGGCCAACAAAUUGUGUUUCCUGAUGGGUACACACACUUUCGAAUUGAUGUAUCGAAAUACAUGUACGGCACUGCGUCCAACAUCAGCGAGUUUGACGAACAGCUCUACGUAGCGAUGCAUCGACCAGCGGGUGUUGAGCUGAAAAAUGUCAACAUGAAACGCCUAGUGCUGCCUCCGACACUGAAAUUCGGUAGUUUUUCUCGCAACAAGCUAUACACUAUAGACAUAGAUCGCACCAAGAUCUACCAAAUCAGCUUUCUUGACCUGGAUUCAAAUGACAUUUCCGACCUCAGCAAUAUCAGCGCCCUGAUCAAUCUCGAGACGCUUCAUCUGCAGUACAACCGUAUCGCCACGAUCGACAAGUCCACGUUCGCUCCACUCGUCAAACUAAAGCGCCUUUAUCUGGAGCAGAACCCCUUUCGAACGCUUCCAUGGGAAAGUCUUCCCGCAACUCUGACACAUCUGGAUUGUCGCGGAUCAGAGCUUGAAUCGAUCGACUUCGGCCGCUCACAUUUACCGGCCUUACAGUAUCUGGACUUGGAGAAUAAUGAAAUACUCACCAUUAAUGUCACUGACAUUCUCCGAGCUGCCCCAAAUCUGAAACAGGCUUACAUGUUCAAUCAUCAAAUCCCUUCCGACGAAAUGGUUGAAAUUGUGAAGGUUCUCAAUCAACAUAACAUUACCAAUUACUUUGACGAUCAUGAAUACUGUUAUUACGGUGAAAAAUAUGUUGAGGGAAGGUGUGUGGUGCCGCCCAAGCCGUACGUUGGCUUCAGUACACGAAUGUCAGUUGUGCUGACGGUGGUCACGUUAAUUGUUGGGGCUCUUUUAGUCUAUUUAGUUUACUGGGCCUUCACACAAAUGACUCGAUAGUGAUUGACACAGCGAUGAACAUGUUUCGAGCUUGUUUAACUGAGUUGAGUAAUUCUUGAAAUCAACUACUGAGUAGCAAAGAUAUACAAAUUCUUCCCUAGUUUGAAUUGAGGACCUAACUCUAGAAGACUUUGAUAUACCAUUUGCUUUUUUAUGUCCAUAAAGUUUCACGUUCUCUGCAUAUACAAGAACUUUUAUGCGUGUAAGUUUGAAAGAAAUGCCGUUUAUGUACAAGAUAAAAAAGAAGGUCCAAGUGGGAACCCUUGCGCG